UAAAUGCGGGGCCCGCGCGGGCCUGGCCAUUCGCGACCGGGAGCUGCGCGGGCGCGAGCGAGUAGGGGCUCCGGGUGGGCGGUGGCAGCAGCGGCGUCCCGCGCAGGCUGGAGGCCGCCGAGGCUCGCCAUGCCGGGAGGACUGUAGCUCCCCCAUGGAGUCGGCCGACUUCUACGAGGCGGAGCCGCGGCCCCCGAUGAGCAGCCACCUCCAGAGUCCCCCGCACGCGCCCAGCAGCGCCGCCUUCGGCUUUCCCCGGGGCGCGGGCCCCGCGCAGCCCCCCGCCCCACCUGCCGCCCCGGAGCAGCUGGGCGGCAUCUGCGAACACGAGACGUCCAUCGACAUCAGCGCCUACAUCGACCCGGCCGCCUUCAACGACGAGUUCCUGGCCGACCUGUUCCAGCACAGCCGGCAGCAGGAGAAGGCCAAGGCGGCCGCGGCCCCUGCGGGAGGCGGCGGCGACUUUGACUAUCCGGGCGCCCCCGUAGGCCCCGGCGGCGCCGUCAUGCCCGGGGGGACGCACGGCCCCCCUCCCGGCUACGGCUGCGCGGCGGCCGGUUACCUGGACGGCAGGCUGGAGCCCCUGUACGAGCGCGUCGGGGCGCCGGCGCUGCGGCCGCUGGUGAUCAAGCAGGAGCCGCGCGAGGAGGACGAGGCGAAGCAGCUGGCGCUGGCCGGCCUCUUCCCCUACCAGCCGCCGCCGCCGCCGCCACCACCGCACCCGCACCCGCCUCCCGCGCACCUGGCCGCCCCGCACCUGCAGUUCCAGAUCGCGCACUGCGGCCAGACCACCAUGCACCUGCAGCCCGGCCACCCCACGCCGCCGCCCACGCCCGUGCCCAGCCCGCACCCCGCGCCCGCGCUCGGCGCCGCUGGCCUGCCAGGCCCGGGCGGCGCGCUCAAGGGGCUGGCCGCCGCGCACCCCGACCUGCGCGCGGGCGGCGGCGGCGGCUCGGGCAAAGCCAAGAAGUCGGUGGACAAGAACAGCAACGAGUACCGGGUGCGGCGCGAGCGCAACAACAUCGCGGUGCGCAAGAGCCGCGACAAGGCCAAGCAGCGCAACGUGGAGACGCAGCAGAAGGUGCUGGAGCUGACCAGUGACAACGACCGCCUGCGCAAGCGGGUGGAACAGCUGAGCCGCGAACUGGACACGCUGCGGGGCAUCUUCCGCCAGCUACCGGAGAGCUCCCUCGUCAAGGCCAUGGGCAACUGCGCGUGAGGCGCGCCGCGGCGGGACCGCCCUGGGCCGGCCGCUGGCUGGGCCCCGGGGAGUGGUUUCGGGUCUCCGGAUCUCCAGAUUGCCCGAACCGCGCGAGCCAGGACUAGGAGAUUCCGGUGCCGCCUGAAAGCCUUGCCUGCCGCGCGUGCCCCUUUCCUUCCUCUGCGCCGGACACGGUGCGUCUAAGCUGAGGGGUCAGGCAGUAGUUUCUCCCUGCGAGAGAGGAGAAGCGCCUUGGGGCUGAGCCGGGAGCCCGGCAACUCAAGUAUUAAGGAAUAACCUUGUGCCUUGGAAACGAAAACUCACCGCUCCCAUUCCUACCGAGUAGGGGGGGCAAAUAUGUGCCUUGUCAUUUUAUUUGGAGGGUUCCUGCCUCUUCCCCGAGGCUGCAGCAGGCCCCCAGCGGGCGGACGGUCCAGGGAGCAGAGAACCUGACAAGCCAGCCCCAGCCGCUCCUCAGCGCCUGUCCUUGGAGAGGAGGAAACACAGGGCUCUGAACAAAGGUUGUUCCCCUAGUUCUACACGAAGGUGGAGGGGCCCUAGUUCCUUGCCUCUAACCUCCCAGCCUGCAACAGGCUGCACUUCCCCGGGCAGAACUCAUUGAGGUGGGGGUCACCAGGUGACCAGUGGGAGCGCCCCACCCCCAGUCAGACCGAAAAGCUCUGUCGCUGGUUAGCUAUAAGGACAUUAUGUUCAUGGGAGUGGUGGCCUGGUGGAAGAGGGAACCUAGAGAUCUGGUCUGGGGGCUGGGCUGGGAGGAACACUGGGACCAGCAGCCUCCUCUGUACUGUAUGUCCCCAGCAUUGCCCCACAAACGUGAAGCACAAUCGGCCCAUCCCAGAGGGACCAAAGUUAUGAGAAGCUUUCCAAAUAUUUUGCUUUAUCAGCCGAUAUCAACACUUGUAUCUGGCCUCUCGGUGUCCCAGCGGUGCCUUGUGCAAUGUGCGUGUGCACGUCUAUGCUAAACCACCAUUUUAUUUGGUUUUUGUUUUGUUUUGGUUUUGCUCAGAUACUUGCCAAAAUGAGACUCUUCGUCAGCAGCUGCAGGGAGGGUCUGCGGCUCUCUUUCCUCUUGGUUUGGGGAUUGCUUUUGCUCCCAGGGGAACCAAAGAGGUGAGGUGGGCUUCCCCUUUCCUCUCAGCUUUCCCUGGGGGUGGCUGUGGGCCUCCAGCCCCUCCAGCCUGGGCUGCCUGCAGGCUGGUCCCCCAGAGGCUCUGGCUCCUGGUUUGGAAGGGAGGCGGCCUCCAGCCAGCACGCACAGAUCGCUGGGCCUGGGAGCAGGGAAGGGCGGCUUGGUUCUCUUCCUUGGGGAGAACGUAGAGUUUCAUGCUAGAUGUUUUAUGUAUUAUAUCUAUAAUAUAAACAUAUCAAAGUAAA